AUGUGUUUGAUCAUUUUUCAAUAUCUUGUUUCAACUGUGUUUGGUCCUGCUGGGAUGCAAGCUCUCUCUAACAUGGUGUGGUUCAUGGGUGAGCAAUCACAGAUCUCAAUGGACAUUGACAAUAUUAUUUCAGUGACUUUGGAGAACUACCUCGAUCUUCAAAUGAAACCAGAGGAUGGUAAAGAAGCGAGGCAACAUUAUCAAUCUCAGGACCAGUGGGUUCAAAGGGUGCUUAAAGAAGAAUCUCAUGGGUCAUCUUUUCCAGAUAUGAGUAAGAGGGUUUCUUCUCUCCAGAACCCUGUGAUUAAGCCUUAUUUCUUUAUAUGCCAAUUUGACAGUGACACUUUUAAGAGCCCCUCUUACUGGGCCAAAGUUUGCUUGAAUAAUAUUGCCAGGUUGGCUAAGGAAACUACAAGAGUGAAGCGUGUGGUUGAACCCCUUUUCCAUCAUUUUGAUGUAGAAAAUCAUUGGUCAUCAGAUACAGGAGUUGCCUGUUCUGUUAUAUUGUACCUGCAGUCGCUUUUGGAGGAAUCAGGAGGAAACUCCCACCUGUUGCUAUCUAUCUUGAUCAAGCACUUGGUUCAUAAGAAUGUUGCCAAGCAAUCUCAUGUACAGAUUCAUAAUGUUGACAUUGCCACACAACUCACACAAAAUGCAAAGCUGCAGGCCUCUGUUGCUAUCAUUGGUGCAAUAACUGACUUGAUUAAACAGUUACAAAAAUGCCUGCAAAAUGCAGCUGAAUUAUCUAAUGCUGUGGAUGAUAUGGCUAAAUGGAAUGCUGAUCUUCAAUAUGCCUUAGAAAAUUACAUUUCACAGCUCUCAAAGAAGGUUGGCGAUGCAGGACCCAAUCUUGAUAUGAUGUCUGGUUUGCUAGAGAAUAUUUCAAAUAAUACUCUUAUUGCUAGAACAACAAUCUCGGCUGUUCAUAGGACUGCUCAGAUUGUCUCUUCCAUCCCAAAGAUAUCAUAUAUUCAUAUUACAAGAAGUUACUCCUAG